CUGCAUAUAUUCAUGUUUCCCCUGUAAGCCCACUUAAACCUGCCUAAGCAUUCAAUACUCUGCAAGUAUACAGCCCUCCCUCCAGCCACCUACCUACUAUUAUACAAAACCGAGCUAGACACACCCUAGCUCGUUCUUCUUGCCCAGGCAAGAUACCGCGAGGAAGCAGCAUGACGAUGGACUCUCUCCUAACACGUGCACGAACAAUCCGAAUCUCCCUUUUCUCGUAUGGUCAUUCCAACGGACCCAUCGUGCUGCAACAGCAGCCCGGAGAGGCACGAUAUCACAGAACAGUCGCAUACAAUAUCCGACACUUGCCAAACCCGCCACGCCACCUGCGAGCCAACGGAGCAACCGGUCUGUCUCGGCGGCUCCAGAAGGAGUUUCUCCAGAAUGAUAGCGUUGAAGCAUUCUUGGUGAAGGUCCAGGGGGAGAUAUCUGAUGCAGUUAGAGAAGGGUGUGGCCUCGACCAACCAUUCAAAGCGACUAAGCCGGAUGAGAUCGAUAAAGAGGGUUGCGACGCGGAGGAAGCUGGUACGCCCACGGAGUUGGGUGCAGAUUCAAACGACAAAGACGCUGCCCUCGAAGAAGAUGCAGACAUCGAUCUAAUUGUGACAAUAUGCUGUGAAGAGGGUCGUCAUCGAAGUGUUGCUUUUGUUGAGGAGCUGGCCAGAAGGCUGACUACUAUGCUCAAAGAUGGAGACGGCAUCUCCCGACACUGGCAACUGGAUAUCCACGUUACACACCGUGAUAUCGAAGAUCAAAACGAAGAUUGCGCGCAGUCGGUAGGCAAGAGUAAGCGCCCAAGCAAGGCUCAGGCAAAGGUUAGACAAAGAGAACGCCGCGAAAAGGGGAAUAGGUAUACAUCCGGUCUUGAAGGGGAGGAUGAUCUGGACUAGCCAGCAAUUGGGCGAAGCGAGGAACUGAAACCAGGUCGACUGUAUGGUUUCCACAGUACUUUAUGGGCUUAUGUAUUAGUUCAGAAGCAAGCCUUCCAAUGCUCGCUCGUCUGGAAUGGUAGUGGGGUGCCGAUAAUCCGUGUAUGUAUGAAACGAUAUACGAAGCAGCCUAGGCCUGAGCGAGACAUAAGCCCUUCGGCCAGAGUCAAGUCACGCUACUACGGAGGUAUCUAGAAACCAACAACCCGAAUAGAGCAACCACGCAGGCGCAAAAAAAAAACAAAAACAAAAAAAAAAAAAGGCUAAAAAACAUACAGUCGACUGGCCGGCAUGAUACACUUAGUAGCUCACUUUUCGCGUCUAGGUGUGAUUUUCGUCAUUUGCUGAACAUCACCCAGGAGCGAGGCGGACUGAAGGUAUGGGUAUCCUUGCUUAGGCUCAUUUCAUUGGCGACUGGUUUAAAGUUGAUGCUACAGCGUGU